GCGGACGUUUUGUUUGGUCUGGCGCGUUGACAGUUUCUUUGUUCGUUGGUGAAAAGCGCGCUGAAAGAAUGCAACUAAAAUGUCGCGCAAUAAUUCUUUUACUUGCGACGAUUCGCCGCAUGUAUUUCGCACGAGAUCAGCUGUGCUAAAGCUGUUAGAGCAAGUAAGAGCAGAAAAACCGUCUCUUCGUGUGAUCUCAAAACCGUCGGAGCCUGUGGUAAACAGAAAUUCAAAAUUGAAAUUUCCAGACCCGAAGAAGGAUUGUUUCGUUAGUCUUAAAGUCAGCAGUCAUAAUGGAAAGCUCUGUUUGCCGAUUAACUACGAGACUCUGGACGAGAGCGAUCAGAAAUGUUAUGGUGGAUUGAGGUACAUUUUACAAGUCUUAUCCGUAAACAAACUUGUACUGAAUGGCAAACAGCCGAGAUCAAACGAGUGUCAAGAGGAUUUUUGUCGUUUUUCACCACUUUCAACACACAAGAAAGGCUCAGCUAAGAACUGCCUUGGUUUCUGGUUUCGGUUUUUUGGCAAAGAUGCGACAAUUCGCAUAACUGUUGCCCUAAAGAUCGAUUUUGUGUUUGCUAGAAAGUUGAUAGGAAAGAGACUACUCACAGAUCCAUUGUUUCAAGAUGAUGGAAUGGUUUCAAGUUUAGAGUUUGAUAUUUCCACCUGCAUGAGAUCCUCGCUCAAGAUUGCUUCAGAAAAAAAUGGAUUGAUCAAUGCCGCUAAAAUUUUCCCCUCUCUGUAUCUGAACCAAGAAUACAAGAGAAUUGUCACUAAAUUUAAAGAUUUGAGGCAGAAACUUAAUUUCAAGGAAUUGGACAAAUUUUUUGCUCAAACAUUGGAAAGGCUCAGUGAUAAUGACCUGAGAGUUGUUCUUUUCCUUGAGCAAAGUCAAGAAGCCUGUCGCAAGAAGCUUUAUGAAAAGUCAAAACAGCUUCUCAAGCAAGCAGUUGACAGUACAGCCAAAUGCAAAAACAAAACCUUGCUGAUAGGCCGAGCUUAUUUGUAUUUGUCAUAUGUCCAUGAAAAAGAUGGCUAUCUUGGAAAUGCAGAAGAAUGUUUAACAAUUGCCAGGAAAAAGCUGCAAACUUUGGAGGUGUGUGAAGACACUGGAGACCUGUGCUUUCAGGAAGGACUUAUUUUGACCAGUUUUGCCCAGAAAAUGCCUAAGUUUGCUUUAAAACUGAUCUCAGAGGCUAUGUUCAAAUUCGAACAAGCUGCAGCAAUAUUUACCAAUUGCCUGACUGUUGACAGUGCCCUGGACAAGUUGUGUUGCUCGUACAUAAGACUAGCCUCAUUGUUGCUUAAACAGACCGCAGAGGGAUCAUGUUCACAACACAAGAUUGAUGUGUCAAACAAACAUCUUGAAUGGGUGGCAGGUCGUUUGGAUGAGUUAUCUGAGCAGACUAAAUUCCAUUUCUACGUUUGCAACACAGAGCUGCUUUACCAGAAAAGGCAGUUUGAGGAAGCUCAGAAAAGUCUUGAUGUUGCUUAUCAGAUUGCCAAGGCUUGUCAGUUUGAAGAGCAAACUCUGUGGGAAGAAUUACCUGGAAGCAAUUGCUGCAGUGAUCACUACUUCCAAGAAGCAUCAAGUAAUAAGGAACCAGCUGAUGACUUGGUGGUUGAAAAUUUUGUUGUUGAUGAUGUCUCUCCUGGCUAUCUGGCUGAUAUGAGCUCAUGAGUGAUGAAAGGGGUACCAUAAGCUGUCAUGGGUGGGAGAUGUGGGGCUUUAUACUGUAGCCUACGUGUAGCAGUACCCUCCCCCUAAGGUGAAACGGGAGCAAGGGAAUUCCCUUUCCUUUCUUCUUGAAAUGUCUCUAUUUCAAAAGUUGCGCAAACUUGCCUCAAAACCUCUUCGUAGAUCGCUGUCGUCUGAAAAAUUGACCUCCAAAGCAUUUUGUUCACCAUCUUGUUGGUUAGUAUGAAAAUAAAUUACCAACUCUGGCCAAUCAGAAUUGAUGAAAGAAUCAACAAAAGGGGUUAACCAAUCAAAAGUCAUAAUAUAUUUUUUUGCAAAAGAGUGACGACAUGGAAAACAAUUAAUGUCAGGUUUGCUUAGGUGUUCCCUCAUCACCUUGGGGGGGGGGGGAGGGUACAGCUACAUAUAGGCUAUUUAUAUUUAUAGUGUUAACAUAUCUUACAAUAUUAGUUUUCCUUGGAAUUCUUUGGUGUUUUUAUAUCCUUUCACUCCCAUGAAUGACCAAAAAGGAAUUUCUCCUUAGAAUUUUUACUACAUUUUCAGGCAUUCUCAUCAACUGAUAUUGUAUUGAUAUUGUCAAGAGAAAUUCUCUCUUGGUCACUUAUGGGAGUUAAAAGGUAAUACCAUGUAACUUUGAAUAAGGAACAUGGUAAGGUUUUGAGCUUGGUAAAGAAAUGGUGAAAGAUGUUCCUUGUGUCUUGUCACAAGUGUGGGGGUGAAUAAGAAAGAAUUCUGAGUCCCCAUGAGGAAUUGAUCCUCAGAUCUUCAGAUUUAAUGCUCUGUGGCUUAGUGGUAGAGCACCAGAGCACUGAAUCUGAAGGUCUAAGGUUCAAUUCCUUAUGGGCAAUCAGAAUUUUAUUCUUCAUCCCAUGCUCCUGACAAGACAGAAAAAAUCCUUUCUAUACCAUGUAUGCUUAAUUGAAUAUUGUAUACACUAUACAAGGCUUUAAUUUUGUAUUGUGAAAAAAAAAUUCAUUUCUUUCUGGAAUGGUUAAUUUGCAGGUACAUUUAUUGCAAAGAUUUUUAUGGAUGUUUUAUAUAAGGUGUUUCAAAUUAACAUAACAAUUAUGAUAUACAAUGAUUCCACAAAUUAAAUUCAUUUAGUGCCAGUAUUUUUAUCAUAUAAUACAUGGUAUUUCUAUCAGCAAAGCAUUGGUGCAUAUCAGUGUCGGAAGACAUUUUCCUUUUAUCAGAUCUCUCAAGUAGUACUUGAGCCCUGAUUAGUCAAUUUAGCAGGUCAUAUUCAAAGCUAUGUUUGAAUUCAAGUCUUCUCUCUCCAUUCGAUAACCAGAGACAUAAUAAAUAGUUUUCUUGGUCCAUACUGUAAGUUAUGGAACACCAUUUUCCCACUUGAAUUUAUGGCCUACACACUUCAUGGUUUGGCUAUAAAUCUGAGCAGAAAAAAUUUGGUCUGUAACUUACAGCACAGACCUGGAACUCAGUUAGUAAUGGUAUGUAACUAUCUUUGAGAUUUCCAACCCAUGUGUUGGUGCAUGUGUUCAUUGUGAGUAUGUCUGGAGCAUGAAUUCUCUUCUCAACAAUUGUCAUUGUCAGUGGUCAAUCUGAGAUUAUUUAUUUAAGUGUAGGAAAGUAUUUAAUGUCUCUUAUGGAAUACAGUCUGCCAAAUCAUAUAAAUAUCUAGAAAAGCAGUUGUG